AUGGUUAAUAUUACUGGAUCUGAUCCUCGAUCUCUCUCGAUUGAAAUGCCAGAGGCUGAUGAGUUUGCUAAAGCUUUAGACAAUGCUGCAGAAGCGUUGUAUAGGCAUCUUAUGAAAAGAUUCAUGUGGAAGUUGCUAAGCUGGAUGGGAUUAGGGACAGAGAAAAAGAUGACUGAAGCUACUGCCACUAUUGCGCGAAAUACAUAUCAGACAAGAUGA